AUGGGAGGCAUCCGAGCCCCUCGGUUGAGCAGCGACGCGGCCUCGGAGCACGAGGCUCCCGGGCACCGCCGGCAGCCCUCCGAUGGCACCGAAACCACAGGUCUGGUGCAGCGCUGCGUCAUCAUCCAGAAGGACCAGCACGGCUUCGGCUUCACCGUYAGCGGCGACCGCAUCGUCCUCGUGCAGUCCGUGCGGCCAGGCGGCGCCGCCAUGCGAGCGGGCGUGCGGGAAGGCGACCGGAUCGUGAAGGUCAACGGCACCAUGGUCACCAACAGCUCCCAUCUGGAGGUGGUGAAGCUCAUCAAGUCCGGAGCCUACGUGGCGCUGACGCUGCUGGGCUCCCCGCCGCCCUCGGCGGCGCUCCCGGCUUCUCAGCACGACGCCGGCCCCACCGGGGUCCCCACGGGCUCCCCGCCACCGCCGCCACCGCAGCACAUCACCGGCCCCAAGCCCCUGCAGGAUCCCGAGGUGCAGAAACACGCGGCGCAGAUCCUGCGGAACAUGCUGCGGCAGGAGGAGGCCGAGUUGCAGCGCUUCUGCGAGCUGCACAGCCGCAACCCGGGCACCGUCGCGGAGGAGCAGAUCGAGGGCGCGCGCCGGCGCGUCAGCCAGCUGCAGCUCAAAAUCCUGCAGGAGACGGGCGCCUCUGUGGAUCUGGGGCGGCUCCCUGGGGACGCCAGCGUGGCCAAUUCCCGGGCUCCCGAGGGACGCCUCUCUCUGGACUCGCAGGACGGUGACAGCGGCCUGGAGUCGGGCACGGAGCGGUUCCCCUCCGUGAGCGAGGUCUCUCUGAACCGCAACUCCGUCCUCUCGGAGCACGGCGCGGAGAGCCCGCGCACCUCGCCGCUCGUCGCCGCCCGCCUGGGCCAGCGCCACCGCCGGCAGGGCUCCGACGCGGCGCCCGCGCCCGCCGCCGAGCAGGGGCUGGACCGGCCAGCGCGGCCCCUCAUCAUCGGGCCAGAGGAGGACUGUGACCCCGGGUAUUUCAAUAAUGAGUGCGACUCCCUCUUCCAAGACCUGGGCAAGCUGAAAUCCCGCCCGGCCCAUCUGGGCGUCUUCCUGCGCUACAUCUUCUCCCAAGCAGAUCCCAGCCCGCUGCUCUUCUACUUGUGCGCGGACGUUUGCCAGCAGACGAGCCCGAAGGACUCGCGCCUCCUGGGGAAGGACAUCUGGAACAUCUUCCUGGACAGGAACGCGCCUCUGCGAGUGAAGGUGUCCGAGCAGCUCCUGGCCGAAAUCGAGACUCGCCUGCGGUACGGGGACGAUGUCCGAGUCGCCCUCUUCGAAGCUCAGGAGAUGGUGAUGCCCGAGAUCCAGGAGCAGAUCCAGGACUACAGGACAAAGCGGACCAUGGGCCUGGGCAGCCUGUACGGCGAGAACGACCUCUUGGAGCUGGACGGGGACCCCCAGAAGGAGCGCCAAGUGGCCGAGAAGCAGCUGGCCCAGCUGGGUGACAUCCUGUCCAAGUACGAGGAGGACAGGAGCUCGCCCAUGGCCUUCGCCCUCAGCACCUACAUGAACCACACGGGCAUCCGCAGCCGGGAGCCCCGCUCGGCCGGCGCCAGCGAGAAGGCCCUCCCGGACAAGGACAAGUGGCUGCCCUUCUUCCCCAAAGCCAAGAAGAGCAGCAGCACCAAGAAAGACAAGGACGCCCUGGAAGACAAGAAGCGCAACCCCAUCCUCAAGUACAUCGGGAAGCCCAAAAUCUCCUCGCAGAGCACAUUUCAUGUCCCCUUGUCCCCCGUGGAAGCAGUCAAACCCGGCAACGUGAGGAACAUCAUCCAGCACUUUGAGAACAACCAACACUACGAGAGCCAGGAGCCCGGCGCCCAGCGCCUCUCCACCGGCAGCUUUCCUGAGGAUUUGCUGGAAUCCGACAGUUCCCGGUCGGAGGUGAAGCUGGGCCGCUCGGAGAGCUUGAAGGGCCGGGAGGAGAUGAAGAGGUCUCGGAAAGCGGAGAACGUGCCCCGCUCGCGCAGCGACGUGGACAUGGACGCCGCCGCCGAGGCCACGAGGCUCCAUCAGUCGGCGUCGUCCUCCGCGUCCAGCCUGUCCACGAGGUCGCUGGAAAAUCCCACUCCCCCCUACACGCCCAAGCUGGGACGCAGGAGCAUCGAGUCACCCAACCUGGGCUUCGGCGGCGACCCCUUCCUCCCUCACCUCCUGGAGGACGAGCAGGGCCAGCUCUCGGACCUCGAGGCGGAGCUCGACCCGCAGAACUGGCAGCACACGGUGAGCCGGGAGGUGCUGGCCAACCUGCCGCAGAAGGAGAUCGACCGUCAGGAGGUCAUCAACGAGCUUUUCGCUACGGAAGGCUCCCACCUGCGCAUCCUCCGGGUUCUGGACCUCCUCUUCUACCAGCGCCUGAAGAAGGAGGGUCUGCUGGCCCGCGAAGAGCUGGCACUCCUCUUCCCCAACCUUCCCGACGUGAUAGAAAUCCACAAUUCCCUUUCGGAAUCCAUGAAGAAGCUCCGGGAAGAAGGACCAAUCAUCAAAGAGAUUGGGGAUCUCAUGCUGUCUCGGUUCGAUGGCGCGGCCAAAGAGGAAAUCCAGCAGGUCACUGCUGACUUCUGCUCUUACCAGUCCAUCGCCCUGGAGCUCAUCAAAACCAAGCAGCGCAAGGAGAGCCGCUUCCAGAUCUUCAUGCAGGAAGCAGAAAGCAACCCGCAGUGCAGGCGCCUGCAGCUCAAGGACCUGAUCAUCUCGGAAAUGCAGCGCCUGACCAAAUACCCGCUGCUGCUGGAGAAUAUCCUCAAGCACACCGAGGCGGGCACCUCGGAGCACGACAAGCUGUGCCGAGCCCGGGACCAGUGCCGGGACAUCCUCAAGUACGUGAACGAGGCUGUGAAACGAGCGGAGAACCGGCACCGCCUGGAGGGCUACCAGAAACGCCUGGAUGCCACCUCGCUGGAGAGGACCAACAACCCCCUGGCCGCUGAAUUCAAGAGCCUCGACCUCACGUCCCGCCGCAUGAUCCACGAAGGGCCCCUCACCUGGCGCGUGGGCAAAGACAAGACCGUGGAUCUGCACGUGCUGCUCCUCGAGGACCUCCUGGUGCUGCUGCAGAAGCAGGACGAGAAGCUGGUGCUCAAGUGCCACAGCAAGACGGCGCUGGGCUCCUCGGACACCAAGCAGAGCUUCAGCCCCGUGCUCAAGCUCAACUCAGUGCUCAUCCGCUCGGUGGCCACAGACAAACGAGCCCUCUUCAUUAUCUGCACGUCGGAGCUGGGCCCCCAGAUCUACGAGCUGGUGGCACUGACGUCCUCGGAGAAAAACACGUGGAUGGAGCUGCUGGAGCAGGCGGUGCAGGGCGCCAUGCGGAACGGCGCCUUCCCRGCCAAGCGGCGCCCGCCGGAGCCCGCGCCCACGGCGCACGCCAGGUGA